AUGAUGCUCAAGAUGCUGCCGUUCAAGCUGCUGCUGGUGGCCGUGGUCCUGUGCUUCUUCGCGGGGGAUGCCAAGUUCGGGGAGAGCGGCGCCCGGAGGAGAAGGUGCCUCAACGGGACGCCGCCGCGGCGCCUGAAGAAGCGCGACCGCCGGGUGAUGCCCCCGGAGGCGCCGGGCGGCGGCGAGGCGAUGUGCCGCGGCCUCUACCCGCGCCUCUCCUGCUGCUCCCGCGCCGAGGCGCCGCGGCUGCUGCUGCUGCGCGCCGAGACCCAGAUACUUUCUGUUACCAACAACACAGAAUGUGCGAAGCUACUGGAGGAAAUCAAAUGUGCACACUGCUCACCUCAUGCUCAGAAUCUAUUCCAUUCACCUGAGAAAGGGGAGACACCUGAAAGAGAACUAGCUCUUCCCUACCUGUGCAAAGACUAUUGUAAAGAACUGUAUUAUACUUGCAGAGGUCACAUACCAGGUUUUCUCCAAACUACAGCAGAUGAGUUUUGCUUUUACUAUGCAAGAAAAGAUGGUGGUGUAUGCUUUCCAGAUUUUCCAAGAAAGCAAGUGCGAGGGCCUGCUUCUAACUCCUUGGACCACAUGGAAGAAUAUGACAAAGAGGAAGAGAUCAACAGAAAACACAAACACAACUGCUUCUGCAUUCAGGAGGUUGUGAGUGGACUAAGGCAGCCUGUUGGAGCAGUACAUUGUGGGGAUGGAUCUCACCGCCUCUUUAUUCUGGAAAAGGAAGGAUAUGUGAAGAUUUUCAAUCCCGAAGGAGACAUAACCAAGGAACCUUUUCUGGAUAUACACAAGCUUGUUCAAAGUGGAAUAAAGGGAGGAGAUGAAAGAGGACUGUUAAGCCUUGCAUUCCAUCCCAAUUACAAGAAAAAUGGAAAGCUGUAUGUGUCUUAUACCACCAACCAAGAACGGUGGGCUAUUGGACCUCAUGACCACAUCCUUAGGGUCGUAGAAUACACAGUAUCCAGGAAAAAUCCACACCAAGUUGAUAUGAGAACAGCAAGAGUGUUUUUGGAAGUAGCAGAACUACAUCGAAAACACCUAGGAGGACAGCUUCUGUUUGGCCCAGAUGGUUUCUUAUACAUUUUUCUUGGCGAUGGCAUGAUCACACUAGAUGAUAUGGAGGAGAUGGAUGGUUUAAGUGAUUUUACAGGUUCUGUUUUACGCCUUGAUGUAAACACUGAUCUGUGCAAUGUCCCUUAUUCCAUACCACGGAGCAACCCACAUUUUAAUAGCACAAACCAACCUCCUGAAAUUUUUGCACACGGACUCCACAAUCCAGGCCGCUGUGCUGUGGACCGCCACCCAACAGAUGUAAACAUCAAUUUAACUAUACUUUGCUCAGAUUCAAAUGCAAAGAACAGAUCUUCAGCAAGAAUCUUACAAAUAAUAAAGGGUAAAGACUAUGAAAGUGAGCCUUCACUUUUAGAAUUCAAACCAUUCAGCAGCGGAUCACUGGUUGGCGGAUUUGUCUACCGAGGCUGCCAGUCUGAAAGGCUCUACGGAAGUUAUGUAUUUGGAGAUCGUAAUGGAAAUUUUUUAACACUGCAACAGAGUCCUGUGACCAAACAGUGGCAAGAAAAACCCCUCUGUCUUGGCAACAGUGGUUCAUGUAGAGGUUUCUUUUCAGGCCCCGUCUUGGGAUUUGGUGAAGAUGAGUCAGGUGAGAUAUACAUAUUAUCAAGCAGUAAAAGUAUGACACAGACUCACAAUGGAAAACUCUACAAGAUCAUUGACCCCAAAAGACCUUUAGUCCCCGAAGAAUGCAAAAGAACGGCUCAGUCCGCACAGACACUGACAUCCGAAUGCUCGAGGCACUGUCGGAAUGGGCACUGCACUCCCACAGGAAAAUGCUGCUGUAAUCAAGGCUGGGAAGGAGAGUUCUGCAGAACUGCAAAAUGUGAUCCAGCCUGUCGACAUGGAGGUGUCUGUGUAAGGCCUAAUAAGUGCUUAUGUAAAAAAGGCUAUCUCGGCCCCCAGUGUGAACAAGUGGAUAGAAACAUCCGAAGAGUGACAAGGGCAGGUAUUCUUGAUCAGAUCCUAGACAUGACAUCCUAUUUGCUGGAUCUAACCAGCUAUAUUGUAUAGUUUCUGGGACUAUUUGGAAACUACACUUUCAACGGGCAUUUAUUUUGAAACCUGUCAUUUCUUAAAGACUGUUUUCCUGCAGCAAAUAAGGUGAUUUGAUUUACUUUAUUAAUUUAAGUAUAAUAUCCGGAAAUGUGCAGAUAAAUUCUUUGCAUGUGUGCAAAUAUUUCUCUACAUCGUCACGGAUGUAUAGAUAUCCAAUACGUGCACACACACACAUGCACACACUCUCACAAAUAUGGUUUUGCAGCUAGUGGAAUUUUUUAUAUGUAUUUCUUCAUGAGAAAUAGUUUACACAGCGAUUCCACUGUAAAGCACAUUUGCAUCAAAGGACUUUCACAGUGUCAUAACGGAUUCUUUGACAUCCCAGAAAUCUUGUGUCUGUACCUAUCUGAUCACAGCAAUAAGCGAGCAGUUUUGAAACAUCAAUGGAUAAACUGCCGGAUUUAAUAAAAUCCAGUUGUAACAAUUUCUAAGGUAAAACGAACUACAUUGUGAGGCAGUAUUUCAGAACUCCUUAAUGCAUUCCUACGUAGGCAACUCAUUGUAAGACUGUAACCUUCACCUGCGUCAAUGUAACUCUAUUACAGAAUGUUAUGCAUUUCUUUAUCUAGUAUAGAUGCAGAAAUCCGGUUAUCGCAGCUUAAUAUCCAGACUGUUUCAAGUGUUUAAUAAUUAAAUUAUCUUCGCGUAUUUCAAAACCAGUCAUCCUAGAAGGUCUGCUUUUUAUCAUAUAUUUUAUUUAACAAUGGGCACUGGGUUCAUGUUACAUAUUUAUAUUAUUUUAUUUUAUUUUUAUAAUAUAGACAUCACCUAGAUGAGACAGCUUUACCAUGUCCUGUAAAAUACUAACGUUACAUUUUCACCAACUUAAUUGGAAAGACGGGGAUUGAGAGAGCAAACACACUCUUUAAUGUGUUGUGGAUCUAAUCUAGAAAUGUAUCCUUGUGUCAACUUGUAUUCAUUUACGAUGGACGAAAAAGCAACCACCCACCUAUCAUAAUAAAAUUCCAGCACAUCAUUAAAAUGUUCAUAAAGUGACUUUCACUAUAGCAGGAUGGGCCAGAUUUUACACGAUUAGACUGCUACAGAUUUCACACUGAACGGAACUUCACUGGACGAAAGCUCACUUUAGCACAUGUUGGCUGCGUAAGAUGUCACUUGUACAAAAUGUUAUAUGACAAUUAUUGCCAAAUACGGUUUUAAAUGUAAAU